AUGUCCCAUUUUCAAAUUUUACUUCGUAUAAGAGAAGAUCACGAUUAUAAUCACCAAAGAUAUCCCAAUACUUUAGGACUUAGACAGUAUCUUUCUAUACAUUCUCCUGAUCCAUCCUGUACUAUUUGUCACCCACCUACUCCUAUUAGCACCGUACAAUUUUUAAAUUUUUGGGAUUGGUAUUCUGCUGAAUUUCCAUCCUUUUCCUAUACUCUUCGCACUCAAACUAACUUUUCAUUGUUAGAAAAUCACACCUUUAAUGAUAUUCCAGAAUUAGUACUUACAAACCUUUUUUCUAGUAUAAGACAUACACAAUUUCCUGGAAAUUAUCCUAUUCUUAUAAAUACAUUUUUUGAAGCUUAUUCAAGAACAAAUAGAUUUACUGAAGACGCAUUUGAAGUAUUAUAUACUGAUAGUGAAACUCGCAGUAUCUCAUCUGUCAAUUCUUCUGAAAAAAGUUUUUCUGAAAAUUCUGAACAUUCUUCUGUUGAAGAAAUAAAUCCCGUAUUAAAUAGACAAUUACAUCAAUUACCAAUAAUGGCACAACAACAACCACAAGGACAUAUCAGUCGCGAAUGUACAAGACCGCGAAACUACCAACGGAAUAAUAAUUCUGAAAACUUUGGAAAUAAUACUUCUAGAAGUAAUUAUCAAAGAAACAAUAAUCCCUCAGCACCCCCAUUGUCCUCUAAUAAUGUUCCGGGGGAUAAUUCUAAUAAUCAACAAGCAGAAGCCAUGCAAACUUUAUUGAAUAUGCUUGGUUCCGCGAAUAUUAAUAACAAUGGAAAUAAUGAAUCUCCGCGAAAUAAUAAUAAUGACGAAGGAAGACAAUCUUAUUUUAAUGUUUAUGAUGACCAACCUUUUUAUCCAGCAGAAAGAACAAAUCGUCCUAACAGAACUGAUCCUAUAAUAACAAGACAAAAGAAAAAGACAACAGAAAAUAAAGAAAAUGAGAUUAAAGAAGUGGAACCUGCAACAAUUGUUGACUUUGAAGAAAAUCCCUAUCAACCUGAAACUGUAGAUGUAGAAAUGCCUAAUGAAACAAAUGAACCAAAAGAAGAAGAAGAUGAACUUAAAGAAAGUGUAAGCAUAAACCCUAAAGAAAAUGAAAUCCUUGAUAGUGAUGAAAUUAUGGAUGUUAAUAACUUUUACCUUGAAAAAAAUUCCUUCCGUGAAAUAACAAACAAUGCCUCUCAUGGCUAUGGUAACACCAAUUUCGAAAUUGCUGAAAUGAUCAUCAAAGAGAAUAACAAUUUACUUGAAGGCUUUGAUUUGGACCUUUCCCCCAAGGAAAAGACUCCCCAGAGUUCAGAAACUUGCAAAGCUUCCCUUGAUAUACCUUUACCAAGAAACCUUUCAAAAGUUGUUGAAACCGCGAGGAUACUAAAGGAAGAUAACUCUAUUUUCGCGAGAAACGAUGUUGAUCAUGCCGAUCAUGCCGAUCACGAGACGAUCAACUUAGUAUAUGCAUGUUAUGAUGAUUAUUUUGAGUCUGAUGAAUUUGAUAGUGAAACUGAAGAUAAUGAUGAAAGAUAUAAUAAUGAAGAUUCUGCAGAAGAAUCCAACCUAUCCAAAGAAGAAAACUUUAUGACCAACUCCAGAUACUUUGAAGAUAAUGUUCCACAUGAAGAAACAAUUAGAGAAGAUGACUUCCCUCCAACUUUUGAAUGGCCAAAAGAAUUUGAGUUGCAAGAUCUAAAUGGCAAAGAAACAAUAACAGAUGAUAACUUCUAUCUUGGUGAAACAUCUUAUAAUAUGCAAAGUUUAAAUGUAGGAGACUUAAGAUGGGAUCAAGAAUAUGAACUUGACAACCACUCUGCUUUAAGAUCACUCUUCCAUCACAAACUUCCUCAGACAAGACUAGCAAGAUGGAUUCUUAUUUUACAAGAAUACACCUUUACUGUAUUACACAAAGCUGGCAAAAGACAUACAAAUAUAUUAAAUGAAUCACAACAUGAAGCUAGUGUAUUCAGAAGAAUUGAAUCAAUAAUUGGAAAUCUUGCUGAGCAAAGAAUACAAACAGUAGCAAGGGUAACAAAAUCUCAAAUUUAUCAAAAGGAGAGACAUGAUAAAAAGUUCAAAAUAGAAAGUUAUGAGAUUGGAGAUAAAAUCAUUCUUGAGAACAUGUCAAUUAAAGAAAUUGCUGAUGUUCUUCAACAAAAGCUUAGUCAAGAAGAAGAUAAAAGACUUGUUAUAACUACAAGAGAAAAAUUACAAUUAUAUCUGGAAGACCUCCAAAGAAAUUCUUCAAUUAUCCACUCCUUUCCAGAAAUUUAUGGAGACACUUGGGAAUCAAAAGUUGCUAGAAUUUGCUCCAUAAUCAAACAAGAAAGAAUACCUAAUCUGAAAUUACAAAGGUUUUAUCAGUUGGGAACUUUAUUGAAUGAAAAGAGCUGGACAAAAAGUGCAAGAACAGAAGUAAUGAAACACUUCUCCACUCAUAAAUAUAGAGAAGUUUGGAAGUCUGCAUAUCGUACUUAUCAAAUAUAUUUUGCUAGGGGAUCACAAAACAUAUUUGAAGCUCAGAAAAUUUCUCCAUUUGUCUUAUUUAAGAUGUAUGAUAAUGAUUUUAAAAUCUUACUCAAAGAGGCAGAAGUAUUAGGCCUUCAAGAGCUUUAUGAAGUCUCGCAGGAGCUCAACU